UUGUUUAAGAUGACCAGGAUUCUUAAACUUCAUCUCAUUCAGCUCCAGAUUGCCUCAAGAUGAAGAUUAGUUGCAGAGUUCGCGGAGAUUGGUUCCAUGUACCCUGUAAGAGUAACAAGCUGACAAUCAGAUGGUUGGGAGAAGAAGCUCUCAGAAGAUUUCUCAAGCUUAGACCUCCUUCCUUUGUUCCAAACCGGGAGGAAAAGGUUCAUGAUAUAAGAAAGACUCUUGGCGGAGCUAUACUUGAUCCUGAAGACAAGAUUGAAGAUGUUCUUGAUGAUAAUGAUUUUGUCUCGAUUGUUCUGGAAACGGAUCGACCUAAUCCUAAUCUAUCAGAUGCCGAGAUUAAGUUUGUCACAUCUCAAGUACCAGGCGGAAAGUUUGAGAUCCCAGAUAAAUAUCUUUUCCUGGACGGAAACUCUCUCUCUACGGACGACCUUCUUCAGCUUGGGAAAGGCAAGUUUAAGAUCAAGCUGACCGCAGAAGCUGAGGAGAAGGUUAAAGCAUCCAGAGAGGUCAUUGAUAACAUAGUUAAGGAUAACCGUGUUGUGUACGGAAUCACUACAGGAUUCGGUAAGUUUGCCCGAACCAUCAUUGAGAAGGAAAAACUGGAAGAGCUUCAGGUUAACCUUAUCCGUAGUCAUGCUGCUGGAGUAGGACGUGCUCUCUCUCCGGAGAAAACAAGAAUGCUCCUGGCUCUCAGAAUUAAUGUGCUUGCAAAAGGUUUCUCCGGAAUAUCCUUGAAGACCCUAAAACAGCUGAUCGAUGCAUUCAACAUGUCCUGUCUUUCCUGGGUUCCAGAGCAGGGAACUGUCGGGGCGAGUGGAGAUCUUGCUCCUUUAUCUCAUCUAGCGCUGGGUAUGAUGGGAGAGGGGGAUAUGUGGUCUCCAUCUACUGGUUGGGGUAAGGCAAGAUAUGUUUUAGAAAGUCAUAAUCUAACUCCUAUAACUUUGAGUGCCAAGGAAGGUUUAGCUCUGAUCAAUGGAACCCAACUGAUAACUUCUAUUGGAGCUGAAGCAACUGAACGAGCAGGAAUGAUUGCUCGUCAAGCAGAUGUAGUUGCAGCUCUUACUCUAGAGGUUCUGAAAGGAACAUCUAGAGCUUUUGAUAGCGAUGUGCAUAAGCUGAGACCCCACAAGGGUCAAGGUGUGGUGGCAAGACGACUGAGAUCACUUCUCCACUCUGAGACUUAUCCAUCAGAAAUAGCGCAAAGUCACAGGUUCUGUGAUAAGGUUCAAGAUGCGUACACUCUCCGCUGCGCUCCUCAGGUUCAUGGAAUCACACAUGAUACUAUUGAGUUUGUUCGAGGUAUAAUCACAAUUGAGAUGAAUAGUGCUACGGACAAUCCAAUCGUUUUGGCGGAGAGAGGAGAAACAAUUUCCGCCGGAAACUUUCACGGCGAAUAUCCAGCAAAGGCUUUAGAUUACCUUGCUAUUGGUAUUCAUGAGCUGGCGUCUAUGAGUGAGCGAAGGAUUGAAAGAUUGGUCAAUCCAGCUUACAGCGAACUCCCCGCCUUCCUGGUCAAGGAUGGAGGAUUCAACUCCGGGUUCAUGAUUGCACACUGCACAGCGGCUGCUUUGGUUUCUGAGAACAAAACAUUGUGCCAUCCUGCCAGCGUGGAUUCUCUUUCAACCAGUGCUGGUACUGAGGAUCACGUCUCCAUGGGUGGAUUUGCUGCCAGGAAAUGUCUCCAGGUUGUAAGAAAUGUAGAGAAGGUGAUUGCUAUCGAACUGCUCGCUGCGUGUCAAGCUAUUGAAUUUCUCCGUCCUCUGAAGACAACUCUACCCCUGGAGGAGGUUUACAAGUGUGUCCGGAGUGUUGUUGGACCCUGGGAUAAGGAUCGUUAUAUGUCUCCGGAUAUACAGAGUGUAACCAAGAUCUUGAAGGAAGAGAAGAUCUGGAAUGCUGUCAAGGUUUGCAUGGAGCAGUAUCAUUCCAGUCAGAACAUAGAAACCAGAGUUUUCAGUCCUUCCACGUUUACUGUCGGAGAACCAAGGCCCCAUGCGUCCAAUGGGAGGAAGAGAAAGAUAUCCACAAUGAUUGCUGAUGGGAAACCUGUUAAAACAGGGAAAGCUGCCGCUAUUUGUUAACCUUGGAUGAACCAGCUCAUUGAAUAAUGUACUUCAAUUAAAACCUAACAAAAUUUUCUUUCAUUUGUUUAUUAACAUUUUAAUUCAUUAAAAAAUAAAUAUAUAAAUUUAA